GUUGUAGCCAAACACGCCGUCGAUAGUCGUCGUCUCGGGCGAGUCAACGCCCAACCGCGUGCGCUUAUCCGGCCGCAUGACCCACAUCGCGCCCACGCCCGAAGCGCGCCGCCACCUGCCUGCCUGGUCGGCGUGCACUCGUCGCCGGCGAAUCAAACCCGAUGCCGCGGCCUGCAAGCCAUAUGCUCUUCCAGGCUGCGCGGCGCCGCCGGGCACCGGUUCCCCUCUUUGCCGCCUUCCGCUCGCCGGCGUGCCGUUGUAUGACCGGCGAGCGAGGGGAAGGGGCCGGGGCAUGUGGAUGUGGAUGUGGAUGGUGAAUUGGAAAAUUCUGUUUGCCCCCCACUGCGACUUUGUCACAGCCUAUCUAUUGCGCUGCUCCUUCCCAGUUGACUUCCUGGCGUCGUCCCCUCAAGCCCUCGGUCACCCCGCACUGCAAGCAAAUAGAGGGAGCACAUCUCAGAUCCACAUGCGGCGCCUACCGAGGAGGAAUUAACAGGCAAGCCGCACCUCUCCUCGCAUUACCAAUUUGAUCUUGGUUUGCAAAUGGAUUACCAAGGGAGCAAUGUUAGGGAUUUCCUUCAUGUUAAUGGACAAGUGGUGCUAGAAAGAGUGAAUACCAACUAUAAUCUAAGAUCUUUCACUCAAAAAGAGAUAGAAGACAUUACUGGUGGGUAUAGCACUGUGCUGGGAGAAGGGGGAUUUGGUAAGGUUUACAAAGGAAAAUUAGAUGGUCUUCGUCCAGUUGCAGUAAAGAGAUACAAAAAUGGAACCAAGAAAGAAGAGUUCGCCAAAGAGGUGAUAGUGCAUUCCCAGAUAAAUCACAAGAAUGUUGUCAGACUGUUUGGUUGCUGCACGGAGGAAAAUGCUCUUACUAUUGUUAUGGAGUUUGCAUGCAAUGGCAAUCUCUACAAUAUCCUUCACUGCAGCAGAAGCGAUGCUAAUGGUUUUGUCCCCUUCCCUUUGGACAAACGUUUGGACAUCGCCAUUGAGUCAGCUGAAGUAUUAUCAUGCAUGCAUUCAAUGUAUAGUCCCGUUCUUCAUGGUGACAUCAAACCCGCUAAUAUACUGCUAGAUGAAAAUUUUCGGCCAAAGAUAUCAGAUUUUGGGAUAUCAAGGUUCCUUUCUGCUGAUGAGACUCAGCAUACCAGACAUGUCAUUGGAUGCAUAGGUUAUAUGGACCCUUUGUUCUGUCAGAGUGGGAUUCUAACUUCGAAGAGUGAUGUAUAUAGUUUUGGAGUCGUUUUGCUGGAAAUCAUCACCCGAAAGAAAGCCGUUGACGGGAAUGUCAUUCUUGCUCAGAGUUUUGUUGAAUCCCUGAGAAAAGGGAAAAAGGUGAGACUAAUGUUUGAUGAAGAAAUUGCCAACGAUAAAAAGAACAUCAAAUUUCUUGAAGAUGUCGCAAAGCUAGUAGCUGAAUGCUUGAAAAUGGAGGCCAAAAUGCGUCCAGAAAUGGUUGAGGUGGCGGACAGGCUUAGGACGAUUAGAAAAGCUUACCGCCAGCGGAAGGGCAGAAAUUCUACAGGUAGCAACUCUGGACUUAUUAAAAGUGGAAAGGCACAGGAUAUGCUUUCCCCUACCCCUGUUACCGCUGCUACUGCCAAGAACACUGACAAAAUUCCAUCAUAUGUGGUACCGACCAUUUCCAUGGAUGAACUGAAGAAAAUAACCAGGAACUUUAGCAAUGAUGCUGUAAUAGGGGGCUUAUCCAGUGGUUGUUUCUUCGGGGUGCUGAACAAUGGAAAUAAAUCCGCGAUCAAGAUACUCAGUACUGAAGAAGUUACUUUGGAGAUUCCAGUGGUCUCAAGAUUCAGACAUGAGAAUAUUCUCCAGCUUCUCGGAUACUGUGUUGAAGGAGACAACUUUCUUCUUGCUUAUGAGUAUGCAUCCAGGGGAUCCUUGCAUGAUAUUCUUCAUGGUAAAAAGAAUGUUACGGGGGCUGAACCAGGACUCGUUCUAUCAUGGACGCAACGCGUGAAGAUUGCCCUGGGUGCUGCAAGUGGGCUCGAGUGCCUCCACGAGAAAACAGAACCUUGCAUUAUCCACAGUUGCAUCAAGGCCAGCAACAUAUUUCUCUUUGACAGUGACGUUGCGAAGAUUGGUUACCCUGGUUUUUCCAGACACCCUCACUACAUAGACAAUAUUCUUUUGGACCGUCCAGAUUGUCCUGGAGGAAAAUAUUAUCCUCCCAGUUCCGCUUAUGAUGCGCCUGAGUAUGCAAUGUACGGAGAGUUUUCUACAAUGAGUGAUGUCUACAGUUUCGGGGUUGUUGUGCUGGAACUCUUGACCGGUCGGAAGGCAUUUGAUCCCUCACUAUCCCGUGGCCAACAAUGCCUCGUGACAUGGGCUCGACCAAGACUUGAUGAAUCCAAGGUGCACCAAUGCGUGGAUCCGAGACUUGGUGGAGAUUUCCCUCCCAAGGCUGCCGCCAAGAUGGCUGCAGUGGCAGCGCUCUGUACACAGCAUGAGAAGGAACACCGGCCAAAAAUAAGUAUCAUGGUCAAGGCUCUGAGGCCGUUGCUGGUCAGCAAGUAAUCUUCCCCGCCCUGCUGAAGCAUCUCGAGUGUGAGGCAUCGUCUUCUCUAGCAGUGAAAUAGCAUGUGGUGUGAUUUCCUUGUAGAAUUCGAAAUCAUGAAUUCAGAGAUGUAUGAUUUUAAAUGUCAGCGGCAUAUGCAUAUAUUGUGUAUA